AAGAGUGCGUAAAGCACUCACACAAUAAUCCUAGUUUGUAUUUGAAUACUGUUCGAAGUAAGAGUAUAGGUAUUUGAAUACUACUCAGAAGGUAUUUUUUACGAGUCUGCUUAGGCGGUUAAACUCAUGCAGUAUAUAAUGAACCGCUUAGUUCAAAAUUUCUUUCAAACUAUUUUGUAGCUGUCUAUACUGAUAUUAUUUUGUAUACGAACAAAUUUUGACUUUUACCGAAUCGUUUCAAAUUUGAAGGGCUAAUCUUUAAAUAAUCUUUUAGUUAUUCUAUUAUAAAAGACAAAAAAGUGAAAUUUCAGUGUUUAAAAGAAAAUUUAGAGGUUAUAGAAUAUUGACUUAGUGGGAAAAAUCGACCACGUUGAAUUUAUCUCUCUCAAUUGUGGACCAAGUUAGAUUUUUAAUGUGAUUUUUUUACAUUUUUCGAAAUCAAAUUAUUGACGAUUACUAUACGAUUGACUUGGAUAAUUAAUUUAAAUUUAUAAAAUAGUAAUUUGAAAAAUUCAAAUAAUUUUCGAAUUAUAUAGAUUGAAUAAGCCGGCUAAAAAAGGUUACAAAACUAUUCAACAAGUGGUCCGACAUUUUGGUAGUGUCAAAUCAAAACUGCUUACUAUAAUUUUUAUUUAAAAUUCAUCAAUUCAUUAAAAAUGGUUGCAAACUCGGAAGAUUAUGUACCAAAUAAUGCUGAAAUAGUUACUCAAAAUAUUAUGAAUGAAAAAGAUGAUAUGAAAGUAAAGAAAAAAAAUUAUAAAUGGUAUGAAUUUGAAACGAGAAUUGUUCCACAUCAAUUUGCCAUUAUGGCAUUUUUACAAACCAUGUUUGUAUAUUAUGGCAUUACAUUUCCGUACCGUGAAUAUCCGGUUCUUGUAGCUUGGGGAUUUUUUAUGACUUACGUCAACAUACUUGGAGUAACAGCAGGAAUUCAUCGUUUUUGGAGUCAUCGAACAUAUAAAGCCACACUACCUGUACGAAUUCUUCUAGCACUAUUCUUUUACUCUGCUGGACAGAUGAAAAUUCGACAAUGGUCACGUCAACAUAGAAUUCAUCACAAAUACGCUGAUACUGAUGGAGAUCCACACAAUGCUCGUCGAGGUUUUUUUUUCAGUCACAUUGGUUGGUUAGUAUUGGAGGAAAAACCUGAAGUUGAUGAGUGUCGUCAAAAAAUAAGUGUUGAUGACGUUCUAGCUGAUCCUGUCGUACAAUUUUUUGACAAUAACUAUGCUAUAAUGCAAACACUGUGUAUCGCAGUUAUACCCAGUUUCAUACCAUGGUACUUUUUUAAUCAAGAUCUAAAAUGGUCUAUAAUAUCUCAAGUAUUUAUUCGAUAUCCUUUAGCAAUUCAUAUUACUGCAUCUGUAAACAGUUUUGCUCAUAUGUUUGGAUAUCGUACUUAUGAUAAACAUAUUUUGCCUACAGAAAACUUCUUAAUAGCAUUAGCUACAAUAGGAGAAGGAUGGCACAAUUAUCAUCAUGCUUUUCCAUGGGAUUACCGAGCCUCAGAAUUUUCAAAUUUUUUCUUCAAUCCAACAACAUCCUUCCUAAAUUUACUUGCUAAACUAGGCUUAAUCUAUGACUUGAAAUAUGCAUCUAAAGAUCAUAUAGAAAAAGUUAUUGAUAGAAAAGGCGAUGGUAACACGAAAUCUGAUAAAUACAGAUAUAUUGAUCAAAUACUUAAAUAAGUCAUAUAAUUUGAGGUAGAGAUAAUUUAAAUAAGGGACAUUUAUGUAACCGUACUAUAAUUACUGUUAUAAUAUAGUAAGGCUAUAAAUAA